GUGCUAUUGGUUCGGCGCACGCGGGCGCAUGGGUACUAGGAUUCCGACGCGACGCGGUUGACCCUUGCCUUCGUCCAAUUCGCGCUCGCCGCAGUGCGCGCGAUGAAUAUAACAAGGGCCCACUGACGGACGCGAGCGCGAACCCCCCAUGGAGGGGCUCUACACGAUGGCGUCUGCGGUGGUGCGCCGCGCCGAUAUCACACCGGUGGAGAAGGCGACGGCGAUGCAGGCUGUAAACUGGAGCUCCUUGUCGGCGCUCGCAUUCCUGGUGUACGACAUACUAUUGACCACGGCUGACGAGAUCGACUUGAUGUGGCCCACUACCUGGAGUUGGAUGAAGAUCGUCUACUUUUUUAUGCGCUACGUCCCCCUUGGCGUACAAGUCUCUGCACUAUUCAUCGGAACGGAAAUCACACCUCAGUUCCACUUCACCCAUUACGACUGCAUAAUAUGGCAAAUAUACCUGAGCGUGUCGGUGUUGAUUAUAGUCAUCCUGGCCGAUACGGUGCUCGUGUUGCGAGUCUACGCGCUCUAUACGGAUAACAAGCUCGUCAAAUGGGUCGUCGGCAUUCUCUAUGCAAUAGAGGUCCUCAUGAUGAUCAUCGGCGUCUUCAUGGGUGUACCCUACAUCGAAGUGGAUGAGCUCUGUCUCACGACAAACAUGCCCUGGACAUAUUUGUUCUUUUUCGGAUCUGCUAUUGUUUUCCAAGUCACUCUUUUCGUACUGACACUCUACAAAUUCAUACUGGGACUCAGGGAAGGAUGGGGAAACAACCCAUUGCCAAGGCUUCUUGCUCGGGAUGGAACAUGGGCAUUCUUCCUCUUGACACUCAUAAUCUUUGCCUACGGAAGUCUGCAUUUCGUGGGGAACGGCGCCUACGCGGCCUUGUUCUACUGCUGGCUGAUCAGCAUGUAUUCAUUCUGCUCCUACCGCAUUCUCCUCAACCUUCGCCACGUUGCGCAGCAAUCUGCUGGAUUCACAUCCUCCUCUUACGAAGGCGAGACCGGCUCCCUCCCCAUCUUCACCACUGUUCCCACCCUCGAUCCCCGCGCCAUCGAAUACCUCGACGCAGAGCCAGAGGAACAGACCCGAUCUGUCCGCUUCCGGCUGGCGGAAAGGGCAUCCAAAUUUUGGAGGCCGAACCGUGACUGGCUGGACAGUAGACGAGAAACGCGACGAGAGGAUACUCACAGUGGCGAUACUGCGUUGGAGCUGGAUGCGCUACGACCGCGGUCGCCAGAGCGUUGGCCAUGACCCUGGCGCGGCCUAUAAGGCCUGCUGCGUUGUAUUCUGCUGUCUUUAUUGUAUUUUUUGUGGACUGUACUCACCUAAUGUUAUAGAAGUGGAUGAUGCGCUA